AUGGCCACUCAGGUGACGCUUACCCAGCGCGAACUACUCUCCCUCUCCGCCGAAGUCCGUUCGCAGGUCAGGGAAGCCACGUCGGCACGCCGAUCACCUACCAAAGACGCCAGCAAUGUUCGGACCUUCUACCAAGAUGCCGAUCUACCCUACGCCAUCGACGAUCUCGAACCACCGACUCGACCGACCGUCUCCUCCUUCGUCAAUGUCCUGCACCAGCCGGAAACACCUCCACCUGGCGCGAUCAUCAUCCCCGACACGUACGAAACAUAUCUGAAGAGUCUACAGCCCGGUCAGGUUCCUCAGCCGUUGAUAGUCGCUAAAGAAUCUUCAGCCCUAAGGUCCAUUGUUCCCCUCGUCGAUCACCAACAGGAAGUCGAAUGCGUCAUCGAUCCGGGUUCACAAGUCAUCGCCAUGUCGGAAGGCAUUUGCAAUGAACUGGCACUCAUCUACGACCCUGAAAUCGUCCUCAAUAUGCAGUCGGCGAAUGGCGAAAUCGACCGAUCCUUGGGCCUCGCACGCAACAUCCCAUUCCUCAUCGGCGAUAUCACCUUGUACCUCCAAGUCCACAUCAUUCGUAACCCAGCCUACGACGUUCUCCUCGGUCGGCCCUUCGACAUCCUCACCGAAAGUAUCGUCAAGAAU